AUGCCGUGUGGGGCUGGUGGCCGGGUGGUGCUGGCGCUGAUGACCUUGUCCUUCAGCUUUGCAGCCGAGGAGCUGCUGUGUGCCUGUGACGUGCCCCACUGCAGCCAGCCCAACUGCACGGGCCAGGUGUGCUUCGUCAGCAAGAGGAAGGAGGAGGGCACCAUCACCCAGCACCGGGGAUGCUUCUCCCAGAACAUUCUGGAACACUGCCACACGCCCGUCACGGAGCAGUACGGCAUGAGGUGCUGCAACUUCCACAUGUGCAACGCCCAGCUGGAGAUCUUCCUGCAAGGAGAAGAUGCCCUGGUAACGACGCCUUCCCUACCCAACCUCCUCCUGAUGAUCUUCGUCCCGCUGCUCUCCCUCCUCGUCCUCGCGGCGCUCACGGCGCUCUUCUGCUGGAAGGUGGCCCAGCAGCGCCACAAGCACAGCGACUUUGGUGACACAGACCUCAUGCUGAAGGCAUCCAUGAUGGGAGACAGCACCUUAGAGGACCUGCUCAACGACGACUGCACCACGGGCAGCGGUUCUGGGCUGCCUUUCCUUGUCCAGAGGACGGUGGCUCGGCAGGUCACCCUCAUGGAGUGUGUGGGUAAAGGGCGCUAUGGCGAGGUGUGGCGGGGCGUGUGGCACGGCGAGAGCGUGGCCGUCAAGAUCUUCUCCUCGCGGGACGAGCAGUCGUGGUUCCGCGAGACGGAGAUCUACAACACCGUCCUGCUGCGGCACGACAACAUCCUGGGUUUCAUCGCCUCUGACAUGACCUCCAGGAACUCGAGCACGCAGCUCUGGCUCAUCACGCACUACCACGAGAACGGCUCCCUCUACGACUUCCUGCAGAGGACAGCCCUGGACGUGGACACCUGCCUGGGCCUGGCCUCCUCCAUCAUCUGCGGCCUCGUCCACCUCCACGUGGAGAUUUUUGGCACUCAGGGCAAACCUGCCAUCGCCCACCGGGACCUGAAGAGCAGGAACAUCCUGGUGAAAAGCAACCGGCAGUGCUGCAUCGCAGACCUGGGGCUGGCCGUCAUGCACUCCCAGGGCAGCGAUUACCUGGACAUUGGCAACAACCCCCGCGUGGGCACCAAGCGCUACAUGGCCCCGGAGGUGCUGAGCGAGCAGAUCCGCACCGACUGCUUCGAGUCCUACAAGAAAACGGACAUCUGGGCCUACGGGCUGGUGCUCUGGGAGAUCACCCGGAGAACGGUGGUGAACGGCAUUGUCGAGGAGUACCGGCCGCCCUUCUUCGACGCCGUGCCCAGCGACCCCAGCUUCGAGGACAUGAAGAAGGUGGUGUGUGUGGACCAGCAGACCCCCGUGAUCCCCAACCGCCUCUUCUCCGACUCGGUUCUGUCGGCGCUGGCGAGGAUCAUGAAGGAGUGCUGGUACCAGAGCCCCUCGGCUCGUCUCACCGCCCUGCGCAUUAAAAAGACCUUGAAGAAGCUCAGCAAUUCCGCCGAGAAGCCAAAACUGGAGCAGUGAGAGCCGGGAACCGGACACCGGAGCCUCAGACGGGCGGCACCGGGGACGGGGUGGCUCCGCUCGCAC